AUGCUCCAAAAUCGGCCGUUUUUUCGACAAUUCGUCGUAAAUUUUGCUAAUUGUGCCACGUCAUCUGCUGUAAAACCUGAAAAUCCCAGUGAAAAAGCAAAAAUCGCCAUAACUUCUGUGAAUGCGUUGACGAAUGCCAAGUCGAUAGUGCAAAUUUCACCCAGGGAGGGGUUGGGGAGAAGAUUUAGAAAAGAGUUCAAUUUGCCGCAAAAAGCGAUUGAUGGCCUUCGAAACGCGGUUGUAACAUGUGAUCGCCCGGCAAAACAGCUGCAAAACGAGGCAGACCAGCUAGCGAACAAAUUAGAGCAGAGGAGAUUUCCAGAAUCCCCGGAGAAGCUAAAAAAGGUCCGGGACGAGGUGAAGAAGAAUCUGAAAUCCGGGAAAAAGGGAGAAAUCUCGGAUUUUGACAAGGAAGCGUUUGGCGGAAAAGUUCAAGAAGCCCAGAACUAUGAGCUACGAAACGAGGUGGAUCGGAUUAUGAAGAAAGCGAAUUUCAAUUGGAAACCACUGGAAAUCACUUCAAAGGAAGCUGCUGCAGCGUAUUCCCUGGCUAGACUAGCUCCAAAUUACGCGGAAAUCGCCAGAGUUCUAGAGGAAUUCAAUAGGAUUCCAGAAUUCAAGCCAGAGACUGUUCUGGAUUACGGUAGCGGAUCGGCUGCGGGAUUUUGGGCCACAACUAGUCGAUGGCCAGAUUUAAAGGAGAUUACCAUGGUGGAUCUGUCUGAUGCUAUUAUGAAAUUCUCCAUGGACUCGUUAAGGAAAGAAACGGAUGCUCCUGACGAUGGAAGACCCUUUGUACAUAACAACAUCAAUUUCCGACGUCAUCUGAUUACAUCGUUGAAUACCACCUAUGACGUCAUCAUUGCUCAUCGGAUGCUCUGCGAAGUCGGCUCGUCUGAAACUCGUCUCCAACUCAUUGAAUCCCUUUGGAAACGAACCAAUCGCUUCUUGAUCCUCAUUGAAUCCUCUCGCGCCGAAGCCUUCGGUGGAAUUCUGGAGGCUAGAGACUUCCUUCUGACCCAAGGAACCCUCGUUGAUUAUAGAAAACUUCUGAAGACGUUGGAGGAGAAGGUGAUGUUGUCCCCCAAGGUGGUCCGAAUUGUGGAGGACUAUAAUUUGAGUGACUAUGAGAAGUUUGUGAUGUUGAAUGAGGCUGUGCCCCCAGGAGAAGUGGUUCCCACAAUGCUACCAACAGCAACAGUUAUGGCACCGUGUCCCCAUGAUUUGGGUUGUCCACUGGGAGUACACAACGCAUGUACCUUUAGUUCGCGGUUCCAACCGAUUCGUGCAGAUGGGAGGAGGUCCGAGAAAGAGGCCGAUGGAACGGAAGAAACCAAGUUCACCUUCAUGAUUCUUGAAAAAGCGCCCCGGAGAAUCAACGCGCACACGGAACGCAUUCUGAAAAAUCGAAAGCUGGGUGGACACGUGACGUGCGACGUUUGCACGGCGUUUCGCGGAAUUCAACGCGUUACACUGUCCAAGAAACACGGUGAAAUGUACACGGCGAUGCGCGCCCGGCGAGACGGAGACGUGCUUCCGAUCAAUCUCCGCACCGUGACGUCUUCAGGAAUUUUCGACGUGGAUAAUUAA